AUGUACGUCUUCCAGUUGUUUGAUUAUUACGCCUGUAACGGGACCUGCAUUCUGUUUCUGUGUGUCUUUGAGACAAUAGCUCUUGGAUGGAUCUUUGGUGCAGAGAAAAUGAUUGGGAUCAUUAAGGACAUGACAGGCUCCACACCCAAUCUAUACUUCAAAAUCUGCUGGCUCUUUCUCACUCCAGGAGUGUCACUGGUCUCCUUCAUUUGUUCCCUGGUGGAGUAUCAGCCUCUCACGUUUAACCGCUGGUAUGUGUACCCGCCCUGGGCAUACACAGUGGGCUGGGUGCUGGCCUUCUCCUCCACGGUGCUGGUACCAGGGUGGGCCCUUUUCAAAAUGACCACUCAGUCUGGGACAUUGAAACAAAUGCACCCCAUGGUAGUGGCAGUGCCCCUUCUGAACGUGUAA